AUGGCAGGCCAAGGUUACUACAACAGCUUCAACAGCUUCAACUACCAGCAGUUCGGCUUGAUCGAUCCUGAGCUCGACCCCUUCAACGACUCCAUGUCGUCCCUCUUUGACUACAACGGCUACCAGCAAGAUGGCUUCCUGCCACCGUUCACUCCACCACCGACUGGCAACUUUGCUGGUGUCGCGCCAACCCCGCCAACCUCAUCCACGGCCUACACCGACAGCGCAUCGUCUACCUCUCCACCAUCUGCCAAGCGCAGAGCGACCAGGUCCAAGACGGACCCUGUCACUCCCAGGAAGGACAGGUCGCACGUGAAGCGCCGUGCGCUUCCCACUGUUGGCGCCAACGGUCUUCGCUUCGCCAAUGCUCACGAUGCUGAGCUGUUCGGACUCCGCACCAAGGUAGAGCUACCAGAUGAAGAUUGGGAGGACAUCGCAGCCAACCCAGAGAAGUGGGUGAAGGAGAUCAUGGCAGCCUUCGACAAGGAGCCCAUCAAGGAGCCGUCUCGCACCAACAAGAAUGGCAGGGCCAUUGCCCCAGCCACGUGGGCAAAGUUCCAGUCCGACCACGUCGAGAAGACCAAAAACCACAUCAAGAAGAACCCCAGCAUGGUCGAAAUCGGUGCUUGGCAGGUCUUUCAGGCGAUUAUCGAUGCCCACAAGCUCGGCUACCUCGACUUCAAGGCAGAGUCCACCACGAUCUGCUCAGUCCACAUGACUGAGGCCAUCAAAGCUGUCGCCGACUACGCCGUCAUUCGUUUCGACGUCGUCCGAUGCCAGGGCAUCGAGAACCUGGCCAGCUCGGUGGGUGCCACCAUCAUGCGCAAGGUGAACUGCUGCAACGGCAACAGUGCCAAGAAGGAGCGGGAGGAGCGCAACGCGCAGGUGGCUGCAGAGAAGGGCAUCAGCUACGAGGCGGUCUUGGGCUCGGGACAGAAGAGCAAUGGUGGCAACAACAAGCGCAAGCGCAAGAACUCGGAGUAA